GAUCCACUUCAACCCCUACCGUUCUUGCAAAGCUUUCUCUUGCAAAGCUUUCUUGGUUUGUCCACGUUAGGAGCCGUCCAACGUUCUUCCCUUAUCUUCUUCCUCGAUCUCUCUCAUUCGCUCUUAUUUCGGAGAGUGAGAGGGGUAAAAUGGCGGCAGCUCUGGUGGGGCACUCGGCGCUCUUCUUCGCGAGGACCGAGGGAUUGAAUUCUUCUUCUCCUAAGGUUGGGGUUAGGGUUAGGGUUUGGAGCGUCAGGGCUUCGCUACCCUCCAAUCAGUGCUCGAUGCUAGGGUUCGGGAGGUCCCAGUUGGGCGGUGCCAGGAUCGGCAUCUCCCAAGCCCCCCCGCCCAAUCCCAUCCUUCCCAUUGCUCCCGUACGGCCCAUCGUUGCCCGUCGGGUAUGCCCUUUCACUGGAAAGAAGGCGAACAGGGCCAACAAGGUCUCCUUCUCAAACCACAAGACGAAGAAGCUGCAGUUUGUGAAUUUGCAGUACAAGAGGGUGUGGUGGGAAGCAGGGAACCGCUACCUCAAGCUGCGCCUGUCCACCAAAGCACUCAAGACCAUCGAGAAGAAUGGGCUGGAUGCUGUUGCUAAGAAGGCAGGAAUUGACCUCAGGAAAAAAUGAGCUCAUCAAACCACUUUUUUUUUUUUUUUUGUGCAUGCGUUGUUUGGACAAACCUUGGAUUUGCAUUAAAAGGUUGGUUCCCUCCGACCACAUCUAUUAGUCCCUGUGUCUUAACAUGGAUUCCACCUUACAUCAACCAGGCAGCCGAUUCACCCAA